AUGGAACAACCAGAAGAAUGUUUUGAUCCGUUACAAUUUGCCGUUGAUCUUGACUUAACAAAAUCAACAGAUGAAAACACUGAUGAAAAAGUUUAUAUAUCCAAAAGUCUCAUUGAUCGAGCGAAUGGUUCAUCUUACAUUGAGUUAGCAUCAACGAAAGUCACCUGUGCCAUCUAUGGCCCACGAGAAACAUCCUCAUCGUCUGAUGAAUCCUAUUCGAAAUGUUUACUCGAAACAUCGAUUAAAUUCUCUCCAUUCGGACGACAAAAACGUAUUGAUCCAUUAUUAGUACAAUACGACAACGACGACGAUUGCGAAGAAGCAGAAUUAUGUUCACGUCUCGAAGAAGCUUUGCUACCAUGUAUACUACUUCAUAAGUAUCCCAAAUCUCAAAUUGAUAUUAUCAUCGACGUGAUUGAAGAUGAUGGGCAACAUUUACUUUCGGCCAUUAUCCUCUCAGCUACUGUUGCUCUAAUUGAUGCGUGCAUUGAAUUAUACGAUACUGUGGUAGCAAAAUCAUUGAAAAGAGAUCAAUCAUUAUUUACAUUGUGUUACAUGCCAAAUUUAGCGCAAGUUUCGUGCUUAUUCUUCGAUGGAGAAGCCACACCGGCUGAACUGGAUGUUUUGACUGACGAAGCUGUAAAGCAAUGUCAAUUAUUACAUAAAGCCAUAUGUAAAGUGGUUAUUAGUGAUCUUAAAGCAGCAGUAACAUCGAAUGGGAAGAUAAUUUGA